AUGGCAAGGGAACAUCACUUAGCUGUUUUGGACAUGUCACACAAUCUUUUAUCUGGAGAGUUACCAAACUGUUGGAUGAAGUGGCAAUCUUUGAUCCAUGUGAAUUUAGGGAGCAAUGAUCUAUAUGGUAAAAUUCCUGAUUCUAUUGGCUCGUUGACCCAACUUCAAACCUUGCGAGUUCGCAAUAAUAGUCUGUUUGGAAAUAUACCAGCUUCACUCAAAAGUUGCAAAAGCUUGUGGUACCUUGAUUUGGGGUUGAAUGAGUUCACAGGGAAUAUACCAACUUGGUUCACACACUUGAGUAUGGCCAUCUUGUUAAGAUCAAAUAAAUUCAAUGGUAUUAUCCCAUUACAAAUAUGUGAACUUUCAAGUCUCCUAGUACUUGACCUUGCAAAUAAUAAACUUUCAGGACCAAUACCAAAGUGUUUAUAUAACAUUACAACAAUGGUUACAAACACUGUUGAUGAAGGCUUGUUUAUGUCUUACUUUCGUAAUUGGUUUUUGGUUCCAAUUUCUGUGAGAUCAGACCUAGAGGAUUUACCCUUGUUUAUGAAAGGCCAAGAAUUGAACUAUUGGCAUGCUUUGAAAUUUGUGCACAGUGUUGACCUCUCUAAUAAUGACCUUUCUGGACCAAUCCCUUUAGAAUUGGUUUGUCUCGGUGCUUUGCAGUCUUUAAAUUUGUCACAUAAUCGUUUGGAGGGAAAUAUUCCAAGUGGGAUUGGAAACAUGAAGCUUUUGGAGUCUCUAGACCUUUCAGGAAACCAACUUUCAGGUGAAGUUCCACAAAGCAUGUCAAAUUUGUCAUUUCUAAGUUUCUUGAACCUGUCUUACAAUCAUUUCAUUGGAAAAAUUCCUCUGGGCACCCAACUUCAGAGUUUUGAUGCAUUUAGUUACAUUGGCAAUCCACAACUUUGUGGUGAUCCUCUUCCAAAUAAGUGCACUCAAGAAGGGACACCUUAUUAUGGCUUAAAAUCAAUGGAAGACAAGGAUGAUGAUGAUUUUACAUCUUGGUUUGAAAUGGGCAUGGGAAUUGGAUUUGCUUCAGCAUUUUGGGGCGUUUUAGGCAUCCUCUUCUUUGUUAGGAGAUGGAGGGAUUCGUAUUUCCGAGGCCUUGAUAAUCUUUAUUUGAAAGUAAAGAGGAUAUGUUAA